CUCCUCAGCCUUGCCCGGCUCUGCACCAGCGAUGGCUCCACGCCUCCUCCUCUCCCUGCUCCUGCUGGCUGCUGCCCCCCUCAUUGCCUGGGCUCAAGGCAUUGGCAGCUCACCCUCAGACUGCUGCCUGAAGUACAGCAAGAGACGCAUCCCUGACGGUGUGGUGAAGUCCUACAGCCUCCAGGGAUCUGAGUCAGGAUGCAUGAAUCCUGCUGUCGUGAUUAUCACCAAGAAGGACAAGAAGAUCUGUUUCCCUCCCAAGAGAUCAGACAUCCAGGCUAUCAUGCAGAAACUUGACAACAGGGGGCAGGACAAGAAAGACAAGAAGAAGGAACCGUUACAGCUUCCUAGGAGCAGAUCCAAGAGGCAGAAGCGGCAGCAGGUCUUCUAAGUCAGGCCUGAAGAGCAGGAUGGAUGCCUUCCCCACAGAUGAUCGACCCACCACCCGGCAAUGGAUUUCCAGAGCUCAGACACUGGCCUGGGGCUGUGCCUGCUGCAGAGACCCCCCAGCCGGGACCCCGUGCACCGGCUGGGUGCUCUCAGCAGCGGGGGCACCCAGGUCCUCACUCAACCUGGGACAGGCCAGUGGGGACCUGGACCCAGAUGGGAGCCCAACCAUGGCCCCAAGGGGCAGGUGGGCAGCCUUCCCACCAGAGGGGAUUUCUGUCACCUGACAGGAUGGCAGCUUUUCCUAUGACUCCUUUUUGGGGAUUUUUUACAUGUGUAUUUAUAUUUAAAGACUCUGCUUUCCUUCACUCUUCCCAGAAGGCUCUACUGCUGGCUCCUUCUGCACUGCCUAGUACAUAUCAUGCUGCAGGCUGGCUUUUCUAGAGGAUUGACCUUAUUUUUAUACAAAAUAAACAAUGGCUGCAUUUUAUUUCCCUCUCACUUGUUUGCUCCUUUUCAGCUUGCAGGGCUGCGGGGUGCCAGGCAGGUCCCACGUCCCCAUGGUCCUGCCUGGGCUGCUUGCUGGGUUCUUCCUUGCAGGGCAAUGAAUAGUGAUUGAAGUGUAGAGUCUGGGGACAGGGGAUGACUGUGUGGCUAUACUGGGCUUUUCUAGGUUUUCCUUUCAGCUUUUAAAACAUGCUGUUGCACCUUGGAGGAAGGUAGUCAGGAUUUGUCCUUUUUGGUUUUUAAAAUUAUUUUUCAGGUACAAAUUGCAAUGAAAUAAGAACAAUUGUUGAUUUCAGUGAAAUUUCACUCUUUAUCCCUCCUUCAUUUUGCAUUUGUCAGAGAUUCAGCUGUUAAGUCAAAUGCUCAGUUUUCUGGGAAAAAAAGCAACCAACCAACCCACCCCGAAAACAAGAAACUCUCAUUUACUCUCUUUCUAAGCCUGAAAAGCUCACGCGGUGAAAAGUGCAGGUGAGGCUGUGCAGGUGCAAAUCCAUUGCAGACACACUGCAGCCAUUUGAGAGCAGCUUGGUCCUAAACAUUUAGUAAAAUGAGAGGCCACAAACCCAAGGGCCCCAGAAGGUGAGAUGGCAAUUAGAGCAGGUACAGACCUGCAGGACAGAGUUGGUGAGGAAAAGCCACCCCCCUGUGCUUGCAAACAUCCUCCAGCCUGCUGAGAAGGAGCAGCUUGGAGGGCUUUACCACAGCUGCAGUGAUACCUGCUUGCAGAGACUUCAGACGUGGACUUUGGUCAGCAAAGGUCUAUUAAGUCAUAUAAUUGCAAUAGUAGGACUUGCAAGGCUUAACAGUAUCGGCAAAGGCUGCUUGCUGGCUGGAGGGAAGCUUGUAGCUGAAUGUUGCUAUCAAGCACAUUUUAUCUGGCUUGGUUGCUUUAUUAGGCAGAUGUUUAGGUCUAUUAUUUUGAGGCUGUGUAAAGAAACUGUGAAUUCCAAGACACCAGUCCUGAGAAAGGAGCUGGGAGCUGAGCUGGCUCUUUGCUGCCCACUCCUCCAUGUGGAGGAUGCAGCUGUCUGCCAGGCCAGCUUUUGGACAGGAUGGAAGGCAAUA